AAAUCGUUUAGUUGAUAGGGUUAACCCGAUAAGGGUAAAAUUACUUUUUCUCCCUCCCAUCGCCCAUCCCCUCCACGCCCUCCUUUCGUGAAAAAUUAAUCAACUUCUCUCCAACUCCUCUCUCUCUCUCUCUCUCUCUCUCUCCUCGAGGCAGCAGAGGAGAUGUUUAAGAACACAUUCCAGUCCGGUUUUCUUUCCAUCCUUUACAGCCUCGGGAGUAAGCCUUUGCAGAUAUGGGAUAAAGAAGUUGUCAAUGGCCAGAUCAAGCGACUGCAAGAUGAUGACAUACAAUCUAAUGUCCUUGAAUUAGUUGGCUCGAAUGUCCAAUCCACCUACAUUACCUGCCCUGCUGAUCCAACUGCAACGCUUGGUAUCAAGCUUCCCUUCUUGGUUAUGAUUGUUAAAAAUAUGAAGAAGUACUUCACCUUUGAGAUUCAUGUGCUCGACGAUAAAAAUGUCCGCCGAAGAUUCCGAGCUUCUAAUUUUCAAGCUGUAACAAGAGUUAAACCCUUUAUUUGCACCAUGCCCUUGAAAUUGGAUGAGGGCUGGAACCAAAUCCAGCUGAACCUCACUGACCUUACCCGGCGUGCAUAUGGAACUAACUAUGUUGAGACUCUGAGAGUUCAGGUUCAUGCCAAUUGCCGCCUGAGAAGGAUAUAUUUCUCUGAUCGCCUCUACUCAGAGGAGGAACUCCCACCAGAAUUCAAACUAUAUCUCCCAAUGCAGCAGAAAGCCUGAGAGCUAUGGAGAAAAACUCUACCUUAUCGAUGGCUGGUGUAGAAUAAGUUUAUCAUUCAUGUCUAGAGAGCUGUUUAUUUGUUGUAAUACAUGCAUCUCAUGACAAGUAAGAAAUAGCCGAUUUCAAAGCUUGUUUUAGUCUGUGUGCUUGGAUGCUAAGUCACAUACAUGUAGUCUGCUUUGUAGUUAGCAGCUUGUUUUGCUGCAUAUGUGAGAAGACAGCUCCGUUGAGUUUCCUGUUCUAAGCUUACGUGUUUGCAAUA